GACAAAUCCGUGAUUGUAUUAGGGUUUGGAGUUGGGGACAGAGUCUCAGUGCGGGUUGCGACUUGCGAGCUCCAAGAUACUUCGUUUCGUCAAUCUUCUCUUGAUUCCGUUCAGGAACACAACGUCAUCGUCUUGUGUGCCUGAUGUCCUCGGCUACACAAAAGAUUUCUCUCGCUCAUUGUGGUUUACUGGUUCAACGCACUCGCCGCCUCGUUCGUUGCCACCCGGAAAGCUCGUCGGUUUCGAGCUUCUCUGUUCUCACUGGUUCCCUGCUUUUCCAGUCUCUCCGCUCUUGGAACACUGAAAGACGGUAGAAAUUGAAAAGAAAGAAAGAGAAGGUUGUUAUGGCGGGGCAGGCAGGGAAAGCUGCAGCUGGUAAUGUGGCGAAGGCGGUAGCGGCAGCGGAGUAUCAGUAUCCGUGGCGUGAGAAGUUGGCUAAAUACAAGGAUGAACUUGCCAAGGGUGUGUGGGGGUACUGGGAGCUGGGGGCAUGGAAGCCCCUCAGCAUCAGCGCCCGGCGGAGGGCUAGGCUUCGCAAGGAAGUUCUUCUUGCUGGGGAAGAUUGGCAGUUUGAUCCGGAAAGGAAGGAGAUGAGAACAAGGAGGAAAGGGCACAAGUGCGAUAGGAUAUCCGCGGAGAAGAGGGAGAACACGGCCAGGUUGAUGGAGAAGAUGCCGGAAAUGUUGCUAGAUUACAAGAAGAGAAGGUGGCAGAAGAAGAUGAAGGAAGAAGACAAAGGCAAACUGUGAUUUUGCUUGUCAUUCUUUUUGCUCAAAUCUGCCUAUGCAAAUUUAUAAACUUGCUUUAGGUACUCUACUAAGGUGCUUAGAUUUAAUGUAUGGUUAAACUCUGUUAUGUGUAUUUCAAUCCAUAAUGUAAUAAUUCCUUUCAAGAUGACGCUUUUAAUAUUAUUAAGCAGAAAUGUGCUUGCUCCUUGGAAUCUGCA